AUGAGGUCCAUCUUAUGGAUUUUCUUAUUACCCUUCUGCUUCAUAAACCUUAGCAUCAAUGUCUUUGUUGUGACUAGCCAUUGUCUUAGCCAUCAAAAAUCUGUUUUGCUUCAUCUGAGAAGAAACCUUAUAUUCAACCCUUCUGAGUCGAAAAAAUUGGUUCAUUGGAACCAAAGUCAUGAUUUUUGUCAAUGGAAUGGAGUAAAAUGUGAUAAGGGACAUGUUAUAGCUCUUGAUCUAAGUGGAGAAUCCAUCUCUGGUGGACUUAAUGACAGUUCCAAUGGCAUCUUCAACCUGCAAUUUCUGCAAAAUUUGAACUUGGCUCAUAACAAGUUUCAUUCCUUGGUUCCUUUAAAGCUGCACAAGUUGAGAAAUUUGAGAUAUCUGAAUUUGUCAAAUGCCGGCUUUGAGGGUCAGAUACCAGUUGAGAUAUCUUAUCUAGCAAAGCUCGUUUUUCUUGAUCUUUCUACCUCACUUCACACACUUAAACUUGAGGAGCCAAAUGUCACAAUGCUUUUACAGAAGUUCACAGAACUCAAAGAGCUAUAUCUUGAUGGUGUGAGGAUGUUUGCUCAAGGGAAAGAGUGGGGCCAGGCACUAUCCACAUUGCAAAAUCUUCAAAUUGUGAGUAUGUCAUCUUGUAAUCUCUUUGGCCCUAUUGAUUAUUCAAUUGCAAAGCUUCGAUCUUUAUUAGUUCUUCGGCUGGACAAUAAUAAUAUAGCAAGCUCAGUGCCAAAGACUCUUGUGGGAUUGACCAACUUGACCACCUUGCAACUUAGAAAUUGCAACUUGAGUGGAGUGUUCCCAGAACAGGUCUUCCAAAUGCCAAACCUGCAAGUCCUUGAUGUGUCAGAUAAUCAAGAUCUUCAAGGUUCUUUACCAAAAUUCCAACAUCACAGAUUUCUCCAUAGUAUGAACCUUAGCAAUACGAAGUUCUUAGGGCAACUACCUAGUUCUAUUCACAAUUUGAGGAAUUUGUCUGCAUUAGACCUGUCAAACUCCAAAUUCAAUGGAACACUUCCUUGUUCAAUCUCCAAAACAACCUCACUUGUUUAUCUAGACUUGUCAUUCAAUAAUUUCACUGGCUCUAUUCCAUCUUUCAAUUUGUCCAAGAGCCUCACAUAUCUAUCCCUAUAUCACAAUGACUUGAAGGGUCAAGUUCCAUCAUUUCAUUUCACAGGCCUUGAAGAUCUGAUCACCAUUGAUUUGGGUGAUAAUUUAUUCAAUGGGAGAGUUCCAUCAUCUCUUUUCACACUUCGAUCAUUGCGUGAACUGAUUCUCUCUAACAAUAGAUUUGAGGGUCUUCUAGAUGAAUUUCCAAAUGCUUCUUCCUCCCCAUUAGAGAUCCUUGAUGUCAGUGGAAAUAAUUUACAAGGGUCUGUUCCUGUGUCUAUCUUUCACCUCAAAAGACUCACUUUGCUCCAGCUUUCUUCAAAUAAGUUCAAUGGAACUAUAGAUUUGGGUAUGAUGAGAAGCAUGGAAAAUUUGGCUACACUAGAUCUGGCUAACAACAAUUUCUUGGUUGAUACAACUUUGGUGAACAACCACAAUCUGUCAUCACUCCCCAAAUUGAACAAUUUCAUGUUGGGUUCUUGCCAAUUGAAAGAGUUUCCUAGUUUUUUGAGAAAUCAAUCCAAUUUGGUGUACCUUGACUUAUCUAGCAACCAAAUUCGAGGAACAAUACCCAAUUGGAUUUGGAGGUUUGAUUUCAUGGUCUUUCUUAAUCUUUCCAACAAUUUUCUCACAAAUUUGGAAGGUCCUUUUCACAAUUUUACUUCUAAUUUGUUUUUUCUUGAUCUCCACUCCAACCAACUCAAAGGCCACCCUCCUAUUUUUCCAAAAAAUGGGAUCUAUUUGGAUUACUCAAGCAAUAGAUUUAGCUCUAUUGCCCCACCAGACAUUGGCAACUAUCUCCCUUUCACAUAUUUUCUCUCUUUAUCAAACAACAGUUUUCAUGGAAGAAUCCAUGAAUCCCUAUGUAACAUGUCAGCUCUUCGUGUGCUUGAUCUUUCUGACAACAACUUCAAUGAAACCAUUCCUGAGUGUUUGACAAGAAUGAGUAACACACUUAGGGUGUUAAAUCUAGCUGGAAACAACCUCAAAGGCCAAGUUUCUAAUACAUUUUCAGCUUUUUGUGCCCUUCGAUUCCUGGAUCUCAAUGAAAAUUUCUUAAGUGGUACAAUCCCAAAGUCAUUGGCUAAUUGCCAAAAACUACAAGUCUUAAACCUAGGAAACAAUCAAUUGACUGAUAGAUUUCCGUGUUUCUUGGGGAAUGUAUCCACUUUGAGAAUCAUGAUUCUGAGGUCAAACAAAUUUUAUGGGACACUUAAAUGUCCAAAUAGCAUUGGAAAGUGGGAGACACUUCAAAUUGUUGACCUAGCCUCAAAUAAUUUAAAUGGUAAUCUACCUAUAGCGCUCCUGCAAAGUUGGAAAGCAUUGAUGAGACCAGCUGAAGAUGAAAGUGGCACAAAAUUUGGUCAGUUGUCUGUUGACAUCUAUGACAACGCUAAUGCUGUGGACUUAAAAAAUGCAUUAUCAAUUGUGAACAAAGAUCUUGCACCAAAAAUGGCUGAAUUGAUAGCAGUAGAACCGCCCUUUGUGACUAGCCACUUAUUCUCUUAUUUUAAUGCGUAUGAUUUCAGUUGUCGAAGUUACCUAGAUUCGGUGACAAUUGUCAACAAAGGAAGACAACUAAAGUUGGUUAAGAUUCUUACUGCCUUCACAUCUUUGGAUUUCUCAUCCAACCAUUUUGAAGGGCCAAUACCAAAAGAGCUAAUUAAUUUCAAAGCACUUCAUGCUCUUAAUUUGUCACAAAAUGCUUUUUCAGGUGAUAUCCCUUCAUCUAUAGGGAAUUUGAAGUAUCUUGAGUCCUUAGAUUUGUCUUCGAACUCUUUUAGAGGGGACAUACCAACAGAGCUUGCAAGUUUGUAUUUCCUUGAAUUUUUGAACCUCUCUCACAAUCAUUUGACUGGGAAAAUCCCAACAGGGACUCAAAUUCAGUCAUUUGAAGCAUAUUGUUUCGAAGGCAAUGAAGCCUUAUGUGGACCUCCAAUCACACAGAGUUGUAGUUUGGGUGAGAUUCCAGGUUUGCAAAGACCAUCUUCAAAAAUAGCUGAAUCAAAUGAUGGGAACUCCAUUGAUUGGAAUUUUUUGAGUGCUGAAUUGGGAUUUACUUUUGGCCUUGGCAUCAUUAUCCUUCCUCUCAUAUUCUAUCAACAAUGGAGGUUGCAAUACUUCAAAUAUGCAGACUACAUACUUUGGAAGAUCAUCCCUCAGCUUGAUUUUGUAUAUGAACAUCAUGGAGGGAAAACUUACAGAAGCUUAAGAUGGAAACCAUGUUAA